CGUGUUCCGGGGAGCUUGACAGCAUCAUCUCUGCACAGAGUUGUGUGUUUGGUCAGCGGACUGUGAAACAGGGUCGGACCCCGGUGAAGAGUGGAGCUGUCAGAGAAGCAGGUGGCCGUCUCUCCAUCCACCUCCCUCUGCAGGACACACGUUCACACCGAGAGGAGACAAUGAUCCCACCAGUCUGACCAUGACGUCUGUGUGGAAGCGGCUGCAGCGGGUCGGGAAGAAGGCGUCCAAGUUCCAGUUCGCCGCCUCGUUCCAGGAGCUGAUGAUAGAAUGCACUGAUAAAUGGCAACCAGACAAACUGAGAGUGGUGUGGAUCAGGAGGAGUCGACGUCACAGUACAAAGCUCCACAGUUGGCAGCCAGGGAUUCAGAACCCCUACAGAGGCCUGGUGAUUUGGCAGGUUCCAGAGAGUUUAGACGUUUCUGUCACACUCUUCAAGGAACCCACUGCUGAGGAGUUUGAAGACAAAGAUUGGACUUUUGUCAUUGAAAAUGAGACAAAAGGCCGCAGGAAGGUGCUGGCAUCAGUUGAUGUCAAUAUGAAGAAGUAUGCCAGUGCCAAUUCGGCCCAGUAUGAUGUAACACUGAAGCUUAAACCAAUGUCCGUCAAAGUGGUGGAAGCCACGCUGAAACUCAACCUGUCCUGUAUCUUUCUCAAAGAGGGGAAGGCCACGGACGAGGACAUGCAGAGUUUGGCCAGUCUAAUGAGUAUGAAACAGAGCGACAUUGGCAACCUGGAUGACUUUGUUGACAGCGAUGAUGAGGCGGGAGAGGAGCGAAGGGCCAGCUUUGGAACUGGACAUGCUGCUCACGUUUCUGUGAUGGAUUGCAAAACGUCUCCUGGCAUUUCCUCCACCGUCUCGGCCCCAUUCCAUCCUCCUCUGCCUGAACCCCCACACCCCUCUGUUCCAUCCUCUUUAUUGCAAACCCACACACGACCACCAAGCACUAACCAGCAGGCCCGGCCCUCCCCCUAUGCCUACUCAUUACCGGCCUUUACACGUGCUCACCCUCCUGCGCUUCCAAAAAUCUUCCAGCCGGUUGCCGGAUCAGAUUUCAAAAGACAGUUGAGCACACUGAGCGAAGAGGGUAAGCAGUGCACAACAUCUACAGCGCCUGAUCCAUGGGCCCCGACCAGCCGGAUGACUGAGACGUCCAGGAAUCCAGAUCAGAAAAGAGAUCUGCAUUUUGGAGUUGAGGUUCAUAAGACAACAGCAGGAAACUUGCAUUGCAGAAUGUGGCACUCCAUUCCUGACACGCCACUAUUCUUGAGUGUUAAAAAGAGACCUCCACAUAUGGUUUCACUACAACCAUCAUGCCCAGUUGUUGCUGGUGCAGCAGAAUCCCAAUCCCAGACCCAAAUAAUUAAUGCUGAGCAGAUGUUAGAAAAACAUCCUACAAACAGGACCAUAUUGUGGGAAGAGCUGCCCAAGGUGUUGCCAAUGUUCCCUGGUGCUGCCAUGAUGUUAAACAGUGAUGAUGAACUGAAGACAAAGACAGAAACUGAGAUGACAGAUCUGUUACCGAUAUGCCCAGCAGUUAGUGGCAUAUUUGAAUUUUCUGGUACUGCUGAAAAAAUGAAUGAAUGCCCACUGGACAGCCAGUCUACAAGGAAUAAGACACCAAAGAAUAAGGGAAUUCCAACCAGUGACUGUACUCUUCAUUUAAAAGAAGAGGCAAAUUUAGUUAAACAAACGGUGGAUAAAAAUUCCUCCCAUCCAAGUGCACAGUGUAUGCCAUAUUAUGUUAAGACUGAAAUUGAGAACAAACUGUCCUCUUUCAUGCUAACAUGUCCCAGUAUGUCAAACAUUGCUGGCAUGCCAUCUAAAUUGCCUGUUAAAGAAAAACAUUCACUUAUCAAACAUAAGCCAAUCUGGGAAAAGCAAUCAAAAGUAAAUAGAAUAUUUCCAGGAUGUGCAUUUCUUGAGGAUGGAAUGAACAUGCAAGAAAUGGUGUUACUGGUACCGUCGUGUCCCAGAGAGGCCAUAACUCUAGGCUUUCCAUCUUUAUCACACUACAGUUUUCUUUUCCGUGGACAAAGUAUGGUGGAUAUGCAUCCCUGUUGUCCACAUGUAUCAAGUAUACCUGGCGUACUAUCUAUCAGCGGAGUUAAUAACAGAUCAUGGAUAUCUCAACAGAAACCACUUAUAGAUAAGAAAAUUAAAACUGAGCUUGUUGUCAUGGCCGUUUCUACUAAAGUAAAUCAUGAAUCAGAAAUGAUGAGCCUUUUAAGGUCUUGUCCAAAAACGUCUUGUGUUGAAGGCCUUCCAUCAUUAAUGAAGUAUCAGUUGCACAAAAGCCGGGCUCCAGAUUACCAACCAUUAGGGGAAACGCUGCCAAAAAUAAACAUUGCAACAAUUGAAGAUAGACCUCACAAUGAAGAAAUGAAGGCCAUGUCAGUAGGCAAAACGUUUACAAAAGAGACUCGAGUGCAUGGAUUUCCAACUGAUCUGCCAACUACAGUAAUCUGUAAAGGGUCUAGUAGCAUCAGUCUCCUUCAAUCUUGCCCAGCUAUCUCCUUUAUAGCUGGUUUUCCAUCAAUACAGAAAGCUGACAGCAAAGAUUGGAACAUUAUUAGUCAUCCAUUAUGGGAGAAGCCAUUUAAAAAGGAAUCUGUCUUGAUACUCAAGGGCAAUGGAAUACACAAAGACAUGACAGGAAUUGUUUCUCUUGCACAAAGUUGCCCGAGUAAAUCCAUCAUUUUUGGAUUUCCCUCUGUACCAAAACCAAGAUUGAGUUAUGGUAUUGACAUGACAAAUAUGAUCAGUCUUUCAUGCUCUAUGUCAAAAGAGUCGCAAAUACUAGGAUUUCCAUCAUCUCAUAAUUCAAAAGAAUGGAAAAUCAGCAAGGAGCCACUUUUUGAACCAAGAAUGAAAGUAAAGCAAGUGUCACUGACUGACAUAUAUGAAAGAGACGAGAGAGCAAUUAAAACUAUGAUUUCCCUUGUACCAUCCUGUCCAAAAGCAGCGCGAAUGCCAGGAUUCCCCUCUCAUCCAAAUCCCCUAAGUGUGUAUUGCGCACCAGAUAUCAUCAGCCUAUCUGCGCUGUGUCCCCAAGUUUCCAGAAUACCUGGAAUCCCAGCAGUUGUUGGGGAUAUGAGUUUAACAUGGGUAACAGAAAAGGGAUCACUGUUAAAGAGAUUACCAACGAAGGGGGUCAUAUUUGACACAUCGAACGACAACAAAAAGAUAAUGAAGAAUAUGGUUUCCCUUGUACCAUCCUGUCCAAAAGCAGCACGGAUGCCAGGAUUCCCCUCUCAUCCAAAUCCCCUAAGUGUAAAUUGUUCACCAGAUAUCAUCAGCUUUUCUGCGCUGUGUCCCCAAGUUUCCAGAAUACCUGGAAUCCCAUCAGUUGUUGGGGAUAUGAGUUUAACAUGGGUAACAGAAAAGGGAUCACUGUUAAAGAGUUUACCAAUGAAGGGGGUCAUAUUUGACACAUCAAACGACAACAGAAAAAUAAUGAAGAAUAUGAUUUCCCUUGUACCAUCCUGUCCAAAAGUGUCAAGAAUUCCUGGUUUCCCCUUUAUCCCAAAUCCAAAAACAGUAUAUUAUAGCCUAAAUAUAGUCAACCUCCUUCCUUUGUGCCCUGCAGUUUCUACCAUAUCAGGAUGGCCAUCAGUUGAAGGUCAUGAGGAAAAAGGAUGGGUUUCUGAACUGGGUUCACUGAUGAACACACCGCAAAAGAAAAGUCUGUUUAGGAUUAACAGCUCACCAACAAAAAUAGACAAACAAAACAUGCAUGCUUUGGUUCCAUGUUGCCCAGGAGUGUCAAAUAUUCCAGGUUUCCCAUCCAACCCCCGAUACAAUAUGCUGAGUCUUUUACCUGUUUGUCCAAAAGUAUGCAGUUUCCCAGGCUGUGCAUCCGGCGAAGGGGCCUCAAAAUUCCAUUGGCUUUUAGAUCCACACCCUUUGUGUGAUUUUCUUACAAAGGAGACAAUUUUGUUGAUAAAAACACCAAAUCAAGAUGGCGAAACUUUGCAAAAAAUGUUGGCCUUAGCACCAUCUUGCCCAGAGGCGUCAAGGAUCCCUGGGUUCCCCUCUGCACCUCAAACCAAAUCCAAGAUUGAACCCAAUAUAAUAAGUUUUGUACAUUGCUGCCCCAGUGUUUCGAGUCUCAAAGGAUUUGCAUCAACGACGACAACCCCAAGCACAGAAUGGCUACAUGAAGCAAAACCAAUUUGGAAAAAACCUCAGCAGAAGAGGACAGAUGUGAAUAUGACACUUGAUGGACAGGAACAGCUAGUUUGCCCCAUCAUAAGAAGCAUGGUAACAUUAGUGACAUCCUGCCCAAAAGAGGCCAGAGCGUGUGGUUUUCCUUCUGCUCAAGUUGUAAACAGACCACCAAACAUGGUCAGUUUAUACACAUCUACCCCAUGUGUUUCAUCUGUCCCCGGUUUUCCCUCAGCAAGGAUGCUUAGUUCUGAACAUAACGCAAUACAAACAAGGAUACCACACCAAAAGGUCUUGUUUAAUAAGCUGCAGAAUGAGAAGAUUGUUCUUAUUGUUAUGUUUCCAGCUAAACUUAAACAAGAUGAAAUUAAGACAAUGGUAGCAAUGGCGCCAUCAUGUCCACAUUUGACUAAAACUCCUGGUUUCCCCAGCAUUUUGCAAUUUAAUCAAACAGCGGAAGAAACCAUGGCUACUCCAUUGUCUUUGUCUACUGAAAAGCAUACAUCUCCAGAGUUGCCUAUUGGAGAGUCAGCCGAGUCAUACCCUAAAGACACAAGAAUUCCUGAUGUUCCCUUUACAUCUGUCAGCAACCAAAGCACAGAACUUACACAUGUGAAAAAAAUCAAAGAUGGUGCCAAGCAAACCGUAGACCUUUCUAUACAAAAAGGCAUAUCGCAAUUAGGCAGAAUAGCAGCAGAAGAGACCCGAACAGUGAAGGAAAAGUUGGACACAUCAGAGCCAGUAGGAGUCUUGGGUUGGGAAGUGUUGGAGGCAGAGGGAACAGUAACAGAAAAACUGGCAGAAAACUCUAUGUCAGCAAAUGAGGAAGAGACCCAAGGAUUAGUAAAGGCUAUUGUGGGUGUUUUCCAUAAGGGUUAUGAAACAGUAGUAUCCAUAUUGGGGCCAUCUAGUUCCACUGUAAUGGAAGACAAUCAUCAACCCAAGGGUAACUCCUUUAUGGACCUGAAGGAGAAGACAGAAACCCCUUCAGAUGAGAUCGUUCUCCAUGUGGCAGACAACACUACUCCUAUGCAGCAGAUAGAGGGACAGUUCGAAGAAAUUGACAAUGACUCAAACAUUGAAUAUCCAACAAGUGCUGAACCUUAUAUGAGGAACUUGGUAUGCGAUCAAUCAGCAUCUCCAUCGCCAACUACGGACAGUGACGACUGGCAUUUAGUUUGUGCAGGCAUGAAGAAAUGGCCACCAUUGACGGAGGCAGAUAUCACUGAAAUAUCAGAAGAUGGUGAACAAAUAGAUGGACAAGGGGUAACUGAUGAUCAAUGGCAUACAAAUGAGAGAUCACUCACUGGGCAGGACUCUGUUCAAACAUCAGAGGACAUAGAAAGUGUAUUACCAAGGCACGAGACUCCGGUAGAACAGGAUGAGGUUAGAACGGUGUUGACUUCUUCACAGCUGGAUAAAGGCCCUGAACAAGCAAGCUUGGAGGAAAUGUCUGCUACUUCCCUGCAGUGCAGUGGAACAAAUGAGUCCCUUACAGGAGCAGAUGAACAUAGAGGGGUACUUAAAGGCCAACCCUUGGAUGAACAAAACAUAAGUCCAGCUAGACCACAAGCUGACAUUGCGGUUCCUCAGCGUGGCAGAAAGCCAAAGCGUGGCAUUCCAGAGCCUCAACAGAAAGGAUCUAAACAAGAAAAAGGCAUUGUUCCAAUACGGCCACUUAGAAGAAAGGAUAGCUUAACACCAGACCGAAAACAAAAGCAUGAAGCUAUUCCAAUCAAGUCUGUUCAGAAAUAUUCUACUGAUGAUCCUGCAAAACAGACCACUGACCUUACGUCAUCUUGCGGCAUAAACCUUGUACCUCAGAAAUGCCAUGACCUAGAAAGUGUUGGUGUUCAGAUAAUAUCCACAGGUGAACAUGGACACAAAGAGGAAGCAGAAUCUGUGCCAAUAUCCAAGUAUGUUGCUCCUCCUCGUAUUAAAAGAAGAGAUAGGAGUUUGCCACCUGAACCUCCGCCGAAAAGGAGAGAAACCUCUGUCACGAGAGAGAAAUUUGUUGAAAUAACUCAUAACCAACAAGAUAUUAAAGAUCAAGUUGGUCCUGCUUUAGAAACGUAUGUUCCUUUUACCACUGAGAGAGCUUGUCAGAGAAGCUCUGAUGUCUGUGGAGAAAUUGCGCCUUUACAGAUCAUUGACAAACCAUGUCAAACUGCCACUGAAAUGAUCUCUGCACAACCUGCAGAAAGAAAAGAACAAAGCAUUAAACAAGAAUCUCUUGGGAGUGUAUCGGCACAGGAAGAAUUCGUCUGUUCAAAGGAAAACGAACAAAUCUAUUGUGACCCAGAUUGGCCUAGGGAAAGCAAUACCACAUCUGUGCAGGUCUUAACUCAAAUAAUUACUUCCUCGCAAACAAAGGGAAUUGACAGCAUCACCCCAAAGCCAGAACCAGAGAUAUCUCAGGUUGAGCAAACUACCAGUCACUCAAUCAUCAAGAUGAUACGUCUUCCACAACGUGGAAAGAAAUAUCCUUCAAGCAAAUAUUGCAAAAUUGUCAAUGACAAGGGAGUUUUGGAUCAAAAUGUACCUAUUGUUGCAACAAUGGAAAUUACAACACCAGUGGAGAUUGGCAACACUGUGAUGGGUGAUAUAGAAAAGAUAAAUCAGUCAAAAAUAGCAGGUCAGAUAGUUGGUGAUACAUUCAACAUAGCAUUUUCUCAGAAAUCAGAAAAUGCCCCAGAGAUAGCAGAGGCAGAUAGAGACAAACAAACAAGUCAACCUAUCCCAAGGCCUCGUGUGAGGAAACGUCUCAGUGGCUCCUUCCCAGAUGACUUCACAGCUACAGUGAGAACUUCUCAGGCAGAGGAGGCACAGGCAGCAAGACAAGGUGGAUCCAUAUUAAUUUCAUCAAUGGUGCAACACAGCAAAGACCCUCCUCCUCUGGUUCAUCAGCCUUCUUCAUCGAUAGAAGAAGUGAGCGGUGUGUGUUUGAGGAAAACCCGAUUGAACAAUGACAGCAGUGUUCAAGUAGAGGAUGGUAAUACUUCAGAGAAGACCACGGUAUCCUCAAGCUUGCCCAUACCAAAACCAAGAGUAAAGAAGCGUCUCAGUGAUUCUUUCCCAGAUGUCAUUUCAAUUUCUGGCUCACCACCUCCUAGUGAUUCAGAAGCAAUAGCUGAUUUGAUUAGUCAUGAAACAGUCCAACAGAAUGAACAGUCAAGCUUGUCUCUUCCACUGCCUGAUUUAGACAGCACGUCACCUGUCGAUCCCCCCCUAGGAUCAUCUCUAAGUAAUCCAGAAGAUACAUCUGUAACAUGCGAGGAGACAACGGAACGGUCACCAUCCCUUGAUUUAACUUUGGACUCUGAAGGAGGCUUUGUCACAAUCCAAGGUGAAAAUUACGUUGCAUCAGAGGUAGAGCGGGAUGUGCUAGCAGCAAUGCAAGAAGACCAUUUUUCCAAACCAGAUUCCACAGAGGAUACUGAGAGGCCCCUGGAUGAAAUCAGUGAAGGCUGGACUUUUACAGAUAAGCAUGUUGUUUCAGAUGAUUCAGCCAAAGGUACAGAUGCAGUAUCUGAGCAGGAUGACAUUGAAAAAGGCAUGGAAGAAGAGGCAGAGAAGUCCCUUGCUUCCACUGCUGCAUCUUCUCAGGAUGACUGGCUGCAUGUAGAGGAUGGUAAAUACAGUGAACCGAUGGAAAUAACACCAAGGAAGGAAAUGAGAGAUGAAGAGUUGGACUUUGGAUUUGUGUCUGUAGAUGUAGCUGCUGGUUAUUUAGAGGAUGAAAGGCAAAGGGAGAGAACAGAAGAAUCUUCAGGUCAGCCUGUACCUGUGACUCGUGGCAAGAAGCGUUUGAGUGGGUCUAAUCUAGAUGACAGCAAGACACAAAAUGCUGGCCUUCACCAAACCAGAGAACUGACGACACCUCAAAAAAGACCUGCAGAUGGGGCUGCCUGUUCGGAGAGCCUAAUGGCCAGUCCCACCUUAGUGAUGUCGAGCCAGUCUCUACUGGAAUGGUGUCAAGAAGCCACGCAGGGUCACAAAGGCAUGAAGAUCACCAACUUUAGCACCUCUUGGAGGAAUGGUCUGGCCUUUUGUGCCAUAUUACAUCACUUUCAACCAGAAAAGAUUAAUUAUGAAAUGCUUGACCCAUAUGACAUCAAGCACAACAACAGAAAGGCUUUUGAUGGCUUUGCUGAACUUGGCAUUUCCAGGCUGAUGGAGCCGUCAGACAUGGUCAUGCUAGCAGUGCCUGACCGCCUUAUUGUCAUGACCUACCUGAACCAGAUACGCACCCAUUUCACAGGCCAGGAGCUCAGUGUGAUUCACAUAGAGAAGGACAGCAGCGAGUCCAGCUAUGCAGUAGCAGGGGACCGGGACACCCAAGACGACCCAGAAGCAACUGUUCGCUACUGUGCCCAAAGGCUCCAGGAAGAGGGUAUAAGUCUUGAGACGAAUGGGACUUCAGGCACUACAGAGAAGGACAGUAAGACCAAUCGGGAUGUGGUUCCACCGCCAAGAGCUAAACGAUCGCAGGUUGCUGGGGCAGGUGGGGCUCAGUCUCCCGUAGCACCGCCAAGAACAAGUCUUUUGUCCAAGACAGGUUUCUCUCAUGUCAAAGAUGCUGACCUGGUCAAGAAACGAAGGUCACAGCGGAGGAGUGGGUCGCUAGAUGAAGGAGAGAUAUCAGUGGUCAUUGCAGGCCAAGAAGACAGUGUAAUUAGCCAGAGGAAGUUGGAUACGGAGAAAACAGACACAGUAGUUGAGGAAGGAAGACCAGAAGGCCAGGACCCCAGUCAGUAUGUUCUGAGUCAGAUGGAAGCCCUCGAAGCAGAGCAAAAUCAUAUUGAUACCAGAGCAGGUGUGGUGGAGAGGAAACUCCGACAACUACUGGAAACAGGUAGUGACAAGGUGGAGGAGGAGAGGCUGAUUCAGGAAUGGUUUACACUGGUUAAUAAGAAGAAUGCUUUAAUCAGGAGGCAAGACCAUCUGCAGCUAAUGCUGGAAGAACAAGACCUGGAAAAGAAAUUUGAGCUGUUAAAUGAAGAGCUGAGAGACAUGAUGGCGAUUGAAGAGUGGCAGAAAACGCAGGCCCAUAAACACAGAGAGCAGUUGCUGCUACAGGAGCUGGUGUCACUGGUCAACCAGAGAGACGAACUGGUUCACAAUAUGGACGCCAAAGAGAGAGGAGCCCUGGAGGAGGACGAGCGUCUCGAACGAGGCCUGGAGCAGCGGAGGAGGAAAUAUGCUAAGCAGCAGAAAGAGAAGUGUGUGAUGCAGUGAUUGAAAAGAAGCCAUGAAACGCUGGGUCAUUUCUCUGAGAGACGAUGGGCAAAGAAUGGUCAAGAAUGGGACAGAUGUGUUUGGUCCUCUUCUGCCUGCAGUCAGAUGGAUUUGCGUGGUUUUAAGGCAGCAGGAAGAGCCAAUUAGGCCAAGACCACCAACAUAGCUGAUCCAAGGAUAGGCCUUCCUGCAAGAAGCGCACUGAAGCAAUGGGAGGUGGGGUUGCCUUUCCAAUGGAGGCUCAGGGGGUCCAAAACUAGAGUGAGGCUCCGAGAAAUAUCAGCUAUGUUUAGGCUCUGAAUCAACUCAAGUGUUCCUUUAGAGCAUGUCAGCAUGUCGAUGAAGAUCAAGGUGGUUGAUCUGCGGGUAGUGUCACUUACCCACUCUACAAAAGAGGCCUCAGUGCCUCAGAGAGCUGCCUAUGCCUUUUGACUGUUUGCUUUGCUGUUCCUGUGUUGUGUAUGUAGUGCCUGUUACUGAUUGUCAAUGUGAAGUUUGUUUGAUUGAAAGUUGCGUAAAGAUACAAGCUGCCAAAAACAGGAGGGAUGACGUCGUGGUUUCUUAAUGCCUCACACCAAUAUUCACAUGUUUGGAUUGGACCUGGUAACAUGGAGUUCAUUGUUUUCUGAUGACUGUUGCUCAUAGCAGGAUGACAAAGGACCCAACAAGUAAAGACAUAUGCUCAGCCAACUGUCUUCCUCUGAUAUGAAUAUAAUGUGUAAAUGUUUUUGCAGCUGCUGUUCCUAUCAGCAGGACAAUAAUCUACCAGUGCUUCCAGCGCUACAUGAUCAAAAAUGUUUUACUGUUGGGCUUAAACUGCUUUAUUGGUGUUGGAGUUAAGGUAACGAAAAACUGUGGCUUGUUUACUUGGAUAAGGUUAUAGAAUGGUUGUGGUCCUGGUUAAAACCAAUUUUGUUGUAGGUGGUAAACCACAAAUAUUAGUGAAACAUUUUGAACAUAAAAUGAAUAAACACAAUUGUCUUUCCACAGAAGUCGUGAAAGGCAAGCAUACUUUUAUUUUUGUCCAGGAUCAUUUAAUUUUUUUUUUUAUAAUCUUUCUUUGUACCUCUCUCAACAAAUUAUUUGUAAUUCUUGUGAUUCAUAGAUUACCAUCCCUGUCUAUCUCAUUACUGGUCCUCAUGUGUGACUGCACAGUGGGUAGCUCUCACAAGGUUUGUCUUCAAGGACGUAUGGCAGAAUAAAAAUAGAGAAAAACCAAAAAUAAUAGUGAACUAAGUGGAUAAGUAUUGUCGGGUUUAAAGCCCUGUCUCUUAGGUAAAUACCCAUGUUUGACCCACUUAUCUACCACAACAUGCUCUUAGUCAAUCUUUAUCUUAUCCCACUUGACGUCUCCGACAGAAAGCUAUCUUUGAAAUACAUUACUAGGCAAAAUGUUUUAAGUAGAAUUUGCUAUAACAUAAUAUAAACUGUUUUUAGUCUUUCAAAAUCCCAAAGACAACAUGAAUAAGGAAGUAAUGUUUCCAAUUAAUGUUUGUCUGUGUGGAUUAUUGAAACUUGGAGGAAGAAUGGGGUAUGGGCCAAAAACAAACACUGCCAGAGAUGAUAAGUUUAAAAAAUAUGACUGAAUUACCUGUUUUCACUGAUUGAAAAAACUUAAAUAAAUGAUUCUGGCAAGAAAUCUCUCUUUCCAUGCCCCCGGCUUCUGUGCAGUUCUCUAAGAUGUGCUAUGUUCAAAAUUACAUUAAAAAGUGAGGUUUUAACUAACCAGAUUUUGUGGAGAUACUUUGUGUAGGAAAGAGACACGGUUGCAAGGGUUUGCUUGUUGUGGAAACUUUUGGGUUUCUAUGUAACAUUAGCUGGUCUCCGCCCUAACUUUGUAAAGUGCCUUGAGAUAAUGCAUGUGUGGUAGGAUUUCUUCUCCUGUUUGAGUAAUGACAAUAUUGUGGAAGAUGCAUUUCACAAAGGUGAAGAUGUGAAUAUUGGUGUCUGGUGAAAGCCAAAAUAAACAUCAGCUAAAAAAGGGAAUUGGUGUUUCCAGCUCUUCGAUGAAUAAAUAAAGUACACUUCCUUGUCUUUGCACUGAAAGGUUUUUACAAAAAGCUUUUAAUGUGACAGACACUGACAUUUUUGGACGUGAACAUUUUUGUGUGUAAAAGUUUGCAGUUCUCCUGUUGUUAUACUGCUGGUUGUCUUAGCUUUGACCACCUGUGUGAAGUAGUUACAGUUUGUCAAAAGGAUUGCUGUUGCAGAUUGUGGUUCAAUGUUAUAUUUAGACUGUUUGUAAACCUUUAAAAAUACAAAAUUUUUUGAAUGCCUUUA